AUGAGUAAACCACAAACACCGGUAAAUACUGGAAAAAAUCGGCUCGAAACGAGCGCAAAUACAUCAAUAAAUGGUCCAUCAGGUCGUAGUGUUAGUUUUUCACCAGAACAAAUAUUACAUAGAAAUUAUGGAUCAUUAAUCGAACACUCUCAAACUUUUGGGCAAGAGAGUCCACAUGAUGAAAGUGAAUUAAGCAAAAGUCAUAUUACUUCACCUACUGACUCUUUAUCUUCACGGAGGGGUGCAAGUUUUUCUUUACGAUUACCAUCACAUUCAAAUACUUUACCGAAUCCUCGUAGAACUGCACGUAGUCAUAGUAAAUAUUCAACCACGCCUGGUUCUUAUUCAGCUUCCUUUUCCAGUGAAAGAGUUCCUUGGAAUGCUUUAAGAUAUUAUCAUGAUAAUUUAUCGCCUACUUAUGAUGAAAGUUUUGAAGAUCCUAUUGCAUUAACGUCUCCAAAUUAUGACGAUGGUGUUAGCAUAUCCGGUGUUAGCAUAUCCAGUGUUAUCAUGGAUGAUGGUUCAUUACAAAGAAGGAGAAUUUCUUUAAGCUCUGAACCUUCAAGACAAAAUCUUUUUUUGGAGGAAAAUACACCAUUACUUAAUGGUUACAAUUCGGACUCUGAUUCAGAACGUGUCGAUACGGUUAACCAACAUGGUUACACGAAUUCUUUCUUAUCAUACUUUCACCGAGCCAAAUAUUGGAUGCAAACCAACUUAUUAACUCUAAAACAUAAAAAUAUCAUUAAAUGUGCAUUGGCUUAUUUUCUUGCGUCAUUAUUCACAUAUGUCCCGUAUAUAAACGAAUUUUGCGGUUUUGCUCAAUCAUAUAAUACACAUCUUGUGGCAACAGUUUCGGUGUUUUUUGAUCCAGCAAAAUCAUUCGGUGGGAUAUACGAAGCUGUUUUCUAUGCAAUUAUAGGCGGUAUUUAUGGCAUGAGUGUUAGUGUUAGUAGUAUGUUAUGUGCAGUAUGGUUCAAUGAACAUAAUAUGAAUACUUUGGGGCAUAUCAUGUCGGUCGUACUUUGGUGUGGAGGAAGUAUGUUCAUUGUUGCUUUCAGUAAAGCAAAAUUUAAUAAAGCAUCUUUUAAUAGUGCUUGUUCUUUGGCAAAUAUAAUCAUUUUUAUAUCUAUAACCAGAGAAGGUGGUCCACAUAUACGAACAAUUGAAAUGGAUUUGAUUUUUCAAGUUACGAAAAUUAUCCUUAUUGGUGUAUUAAUUAGUUUUCUUGUCUCUGUGUUAAUUUGGCCUGUCAGUGCGAGCAAGCAAUUAGGGAAUGAAAUUGGUAAAACUCUUGAUUCAUUUCGUCUCCUAUUAAAACUCCUUACAAAAACUUUCUUAGUUGAUGAUAUAAAUUACACGGAUAAAUCUGUACAAUCUGCGAUUGAAUCAUAUCGUGGGACUUUUACGUCACUUCGUGAGAUAUUAAGACAAGCGUCACUUGAGAUACAUAAUGGAAAUAUGCAACAAAAGAUUCAUUUAUAUGAAGAAGUUGUAGAAAGUUUAACUCGAUUAGCACAACAUUUAGGUGGUUUAAGAAGUUGUUGUGGGCUUCAAUGGGAAAUCAUAAAGGACUCUAAAGAUAAGGAUAAAGAUAAAACUUCCAAUAAUAAACCAGGUGAAAAUGAAGAAUCAUGCAAUUUAAAGGUUCUACUAGAACUCAUACGUCAUGUGGGCCCACCCAUGAAAUCUCUUGCGUACACUUGUAAACAAACACUUUUUCAUCUUCAAGAACAAUUUGUUGAAACAGAUAAAUCAUAUACCAAUAUAAAACCUUCAUUUACAUUACUCAGACAAAAUCUUCAUUCAGCGUUAGAAUUAUUUGAAAAAUCACAAUCUCGUGCACUCACUAAACUCUAUAAGCAAAAGACAGCAAAAAGUUAUUUCGAUGACAGACCUAACGAAGAAGUAUUCCUUAUAUACUUUUUUGUAUUCAAUUUACAAGAAUUUACUAGAGAAUUAUCCUAUUUAGUUGAUUUAACUGACAAUAUUUCAAGAAUUGAUGCAAGUGAACAAAAAAGACGAGAAGGGAGGAAAUGGUGGCAAUUUUGGAGAUAUUCUACUUGGUUUUCUCGAAAUACUUUUUAUACUGAUAAUGCAAAGAAAUUUCCUGAAAAUACACAUAACCUUUUUGAUACAAUUCAUACACCAAAACCUAAAACCCUUCCACAAAAAAUUGCAAUCAAACUUUGGCAAUCAUUCUCUUGGUUUAGACAAUUUGAAGUUAAAUAUGCGGUCAAGGCAGCUGUUAGCGCUGCUAUUUUGGCAAGUCCCGCUUUCAUUGAAGCAACACGACAUAUAUACACUAAAUAUCGAGGUGAAUGGGUUUGCAUUACGAUGAUGGUAGUCAUGGUUCCAACAGUGGGUGGUACAAACCUUAUGGGAGUAUAUCGAAUUUUAGGAACAUUAUUAGGAUGCUUUCUCGCAUGGAUAAUUGAUUUACAAUUUUCUGAUGAUCCAGUCAUCCUCUCCAUAUUUGGUUUUUUGAUUGCCUUGUAUAAUAUACGUAAUUCUAAAAACACUGGAAUUAAUGAAAUAGCUUUAUAUAGAUUUAUAGCAGUAGGUACGGGUGUAGUUUGGGGAGUAUUAGUAACAAGUUAUUGGUGGCCAUAUGAAGCUCGUGUAGAACUUCGAAAAGGUUUAAGUCAAUUAUUUGUUAACAUGGGAUGGUUAUAUAAAAAAUUAGUGGCCAUUUAUUCAGUACAAUCCGAAGUUCAAGAUGAAUCAAAUCCCAAUCAUGUAUCAGUAAUGAUUAAAAAUCGAUUAUCAAUUUCUACCAGAGAAUUUAUGGAUAUGGAAUUAUUCCUUCAAAUUUCAUUAUUAAGAUUACGUAGUUUAUUAGAGCAAACACCUAAUGAGCCACGUAUGAAAGGACCAUUUCCAGUUAGCACAUAUCGUCAGAUAUUAAUAGGAUGUCAGAAUAUUUUGGAUAAAUUGUUAUCAAUGCGAAUAGCUGUAACAAAAGAAGAAUGGUAUUCCAUAGUUAGAAAGGAUUUUAUUGUUCCCAUUGCAGAAGAAAGAAGGGAAUUAGUGGGAAAUGUGUUAUUAUAUUUUUAUGUUCUUGCUGCAGCUCUACGAUUGAAAACACCUUUACCACCAUAUUUACCACCAGCAGAAAGAGCUCGUAGACAAUUGUUGAAGAAAAUCCGAGAUUUACCUGUGGUUAGGCAACGAGUUAUUGAAGGUAAUGAUGAACAUUAUAUUGUUUAUUACGCUUAUGUCUUGGUUAUGGAAGAUGUUAUUAGAGAAUUGGAAAAUUUGGGUAUUAUUAUGCAAGAAUUAUACGGUUGUAUGGGUGGUGAUGAAUUCAACGCCUUUUUCUUUGAUGGUAAUGAACAAAUUGGUAAUGGGGGAGGUGUUGGAAGUAGUGAGAAUUUAGCUUCAUCUAGUGAAUAA